UGCACCAUGGCUUUCGUGAUCAGACAGUUCGUGCGUGGCAUGUCCUCCUCGUCCUCCGCCACGGCCUCAGCCAAGAAGAUCAUCCUUAAGCAUGUGACAGUCAUCGGCGGCGGACUGAUGGGGGCCGGGAUCGCGCAGGUUGCUGCAACAACUGGGCACACAGUUGUGUUGGUAGACCAGUCAGAGGACAUCUUGGCAAAAUCUAAAAAGGGAAUUGAGGAAAGUCUUAAAAAAGUGGCCAAGAAGAAGUUUGCAGAGGAUCCCAAGGCUGGUGCUGAGUUUGUUGAGAAGUCCCUGAGCAACAUAUCAACCAGCACGGAUGCAGCAUCUGUGGUCCACAGCACAGACCUGGUGGUGGAGGCCAUUGUAGAGAAUCUCAAGGUGAAGAAUGAGCUCUUCGCAACACUGGACAAGUUUGCUGCUGAACACACAAUCUUUGCCAGCAACACUUCCUCUUUGCAAAUCACAAGCAUAGCCAAUGCCACCACCAGACAAGACCGAUUCGCCGGGCUCCACUUCUUCAACCCUGUGCCCUUAAUGAAACUUGUGGAGGUCAUUAAAACCCCCAUGACCAGCCAGAAGACAUUUGAAUCUCUGGUAGAUUUCACCAAAGCUCUGGGGAAGCAUCCUGUUUCUUGCAAGGACACACCUGGUUUUAUUGUCAACCGUCUACUGGUGCCAUACCUGGCGGAAGCCAUCAGGCUGUAUGAACGAGACCUGUGGGAUGAUGGUGAUGACUGUGGCCCCUUUCAUCCAGGUGAUGCAUCCAAGGAAGACAUCGACAUUGCUAUGAAGUUGGGAGCCGGGUACCCCAUGGGUCCAUUUGAGCUUCUUGACUACGUUGGGCUGGAUACAACAAAGUUCAUCUUGGAUGGGUGGCAUGAACUGGAUGCCCAGAACCCAUUGUUUCAACCCAGCCCAGCCUUGAAUAAACUGGUGGCAGAGAAGAAAUUGGGCAAGAAGAUAGGGGAAGGAUUUUACAAACAUAAAUGA